AUGACGCACCAACGGAAAGGCAACUCAAAGCCGACUCAAAGCACCCCUCUCAUAAAGCUCUCAGAAGACGAGCAAUGGCGCCUCAUAAAUCAAUCUGGCGUUCUGAAGUCACUUUCUCAAGAAGGAGACCUCUCUAGUCCACCAAUAUCCGCAGACGAUGAAGCGACACCCCUGGGAGAUGAAGUCUUCAAUGCGUUGCUGCUUAUAAUUCCAUUCUCCUUUCUCUUGCUCAUGAUGGAAAUCCUCAUUCUCCAUCAAUACGGCAAGAACGCUUCCCUCUCCGCCAUUAUGGACAGGAUGAUUCCUGGCGUCCCCAUUAUGUCGAUAUUCAUCUUUUACAGUGAGGAUGCUUCAACUAUUCUGGUGCAUAUUGACGUCCAAUUUCUAGCAACUCGCUACAAGCAGCGCCGGAGGAUGCAGUUUUUCUUCUUCCUUCUCUCCGCCUUGGUUGGCAGUAGAAUGAUCUAUAUCAUAAACCAUGCGUCGUGGCUUACCAACUUAAAGCAGUGCCCACCACUUGCUACAGUCUGGAUCUAUACGAUCGUCCAGCUCGAUCUAGGACCGGCAGUGGCAGCCCUCGCUCUGACUGCAGGUUUUGUGUGGUGGAAAGACCUUAAGCUUUCUUUCUGA